CUUUGUUUACUUCCUUGAUUUUGGAUCAAGCCUUCUUAUCUAUUCCUGUAAUUGAUUAUCAAUCAAAUCGAUCGCGUCCAUGAUAUCGUUUUACAGUUUCUUAUGUCACGGAUUUGACGUAUCGUAAUGUAGAUUUAUUAGUUAAUUAACAAAACGUGUUAUCUGAUGAACAAAAGUGAUGUUGACGUAAAAAUUGUAAUAAUAAAAAUUCAUGGCAGAGAAUUGGCUAGACAAUGUAAAAGAGUGGAAGUGGAAUUGGACUGAGUUAUGUGGGCAAGGGGACAUUAAUCCCUUGAAUCCAGAAAUACAUGACUUAAGUGUGUGUUUUCAGCAAUUGUGUCUUCAGAUACCAGUAUUAGCUCUCCUAGCUAUAAUUUCUGCGUAUUACUGUGGAAGAAGAGAUUCAUCCUCAUCUCGACAGCAGGAUGCUUAUAAUGCUAUAAAUAUAAGGAUCUUAAUUACAAUAUGUCUUGUGAUACUGCCUAUCAUAAGGGCGUAUAUUAUUCUAACUAAUACCACUAUACCUUUAGUGCAUGACGAAGUAAAGGGCUACAGUACACCAGUAAAACUGGAUAUUUCCACUAAUAGAAAUGCAAAUUUGUUAGAGAAUGAAAUAGACAUUAUAAGCAGGAUACGUAAUGGAUUAAAUGACACGCUUACAUUUGUCAAAUCAAUUUUGUCGGAUGGUAGCGUUAAAGAUACUACAACUCCCAUCGCAUUAUAUACCAAUUAUGAAACAAAAAUUACUGAUAAAGCCACUUCUGCUAAACCAGUGGAUUAUCUUGUAGCAGGAACUGAGGGUUUAGCAUGGGUUGUACAUCUCUGUUUUAUUUUAAGUUUGAAACGUGGACGCAGUUUUAACCCACGAGGACCAGUAUUAAUACGAGCGUUGAUAUUUCUUUUGAUCGUUGUUUCUGCACUGUUAUUACGCAGUCACAUCAAUAAUAAGCCCAAAGACGAUGUUCUGCCAAAUCUAUCGUUAGGAUUCAGCAUCACCAUAGUCACUCUUCUGAUAUUGUACGCCAUAACGUUAAUACCCGGUAGGCCAGAACAAACGAGAACGUUAUUUCGAAAUGCCAUAGCAAGUGGCACAGUAGGAGAACGCACUCCACUACUGAGUAGUCCCACUUCUUCGUAUGUACAAUUUCCAGAGGAACAGGAUCCAAGCUAUCUUGGAAUAGCUAUGGAAGACACGACUGUCAUUUCUAAACUUCUAUUCCAUUGGGUGACGCCGUUAAUGGAAAAGGGCGUUAAAGGGCUAUUAAAUCACUCCGAUGAUUUAUUUGAUUUGCCCGAUCAAAUUAAUACUAAUACUAUCAGUCAUAAGAUUGAUCAACGCUUACAGAACAUGUCGAAAACUGUAAACAAUGGAAUUGAAAGUAACUCAGAAGUACCGCUUCAUUCGAACGUAAAAGUAGUGACGAAGAAAGUGACACUGCUCCACCUGCUCCAUCAAUGUUUUGGCUGGGAAUUUUAUGCGGUUGGAAUACUUAAGUUUAUCGCAGAUUGCAGCACGUUUAUGGGACCAAUAUUAUUAAGUAAACUGAUAGGUUUUAUUGAAGAUAAGAACGAGCCAAUUUCACACGGAUAUCUAUACGCAUCCCUUAUAAUCUUGAGUGCUAUAAUUGGUGCCUUUUGUAAUACUCAUUUUACAUUUUGGAUGUCACUCGUGGGCUUAAAAUUUCGUUCUGCAAUUAUUACUUUAGUCUAUCGAAAGACAUUACAUUCUUCUAAUACCGAUUUAAAUCAUAAUUUUAAUUUUGGUGAAAUCAUUAAUUUUAUGAGUACUGAUAGCGACAGAUUGGUCAAUAGCUGUCCUAGUUUUCAUACAUUUUGGAGUAUACCGUUACAGUUAUUUGUGACACUGUAUCUUUUGCAUAAGCAAAUUGGAGUGUCGUUUUUAGCUGGAGUCGCAUUUUCAAUAAUACUUAUUCCAAUUAAUAAAGUAAUAGCAAAUAAAAUUGGUAAGCUUAGCACUAAACUGAUGGAAUAUAAAGAUCAAAGAGUGAGACUGAUGGGAGAAAUACUUCGCGGGAUAACUACAAUUAAAGUUAAUGUAUGGGAGGAGCAUUUCUUACGAAAUAUCUUCAAGAUAAGAGAGAAUGAAGUGAAAUAUUUACGAGGUAGAAAAUAUUUGGAUGCACUUUGUGUUUAUUUCUGGGCAACUACACCUGUCAUUAUCGCAAUAUUAACAUUUGCAACAUAUGUGUUGCUUGGAAAUGAAUUGGAUGCCAAGACAGUUUUUACCAGCAUGGCGUUAUUGAACAUGUUAAUAGGACCUUUAAAUGCGUUUCCUUGGGUUUUAAACGGUCUUACAGAAGCGUGGGUAUCUCUUAAGAGAAUUCAAAGAAUGCUUGAUCUACCAGACAUGGACGCGUCAUUGUAUUAUACAGACAUUACUCCUGAUGUUGAUUUAUUACUACAAAAUGUAACAUUGAUUGUGAAUCGUCCAAGAAAUAAUGAUAUUGCUGCAAGUACAAGUUCAAAGAAUAUGAGCACUCCAUCUUCAAGUAGUGAUAUUAAAAAAAGUGUUACCUUUGAGGACGACGAUAUUUUCGCCUUAUACAAUAUUAAUUUAUCUAUACGAAAAGGGCAACUGUUUGGUAUUAUGGGCAAAGUUGGAAGCGGGAAAACUUUACUUUUAGAUGGUAUCUUGGCGGAAAUUACAAAAACUAGUGGAAUAAUAGCAGUUAAUGAUGAUCACAAAGGUUUUGGAUAUGUGAAACAAAAUCCUUGGCUACAACGUGGUACAAUUCGAGAGAAUAUUUUGUUUGGAAAACCGUAUGAUCAUAACAAAUACAAGAACAUUUUAAAUGCUUGUGCACUCACAUCCGAUUUAAAUUCACUACCUAAUAAGGACUUAACGGCUAUUGGCGAAGCCGGAAACACUUUAAGUGGUGGCCAGAAAACUAGAAUUUCCUUAGCUCGUGCUGUAUAUGCGGACAAAGAUAUUUAUUUACUGGACGAUAUAUUAGCGACAUUGGAUGUCAAAGUUGCCAGACAUGUUUUUCAGCAUGUAAUUCUAGGGUUGUUACGAAACAAAACUAGAAUAUUGUGCACGCAUCAAACUCAAUACUUGGUUCAUGCGGAUUUAGUUAUCGAGAUGUCAAAAGGAAAAAUUGUUAAUCAGGGAAAACCGAGCGAUGUAUUACCUGAUUUAGAAGAUUAUCUUUUGUCAUCGGAUUCCAUCGAAUCUGACAUGGACGUCGUCUCUAUAAAGGCAUUUAAUGAAUUUAAUCGAUUGGAAAAAGAUGAGAUAGAUCCAUUACUCGACAAGGAAGCGACUGAGAAAGGGACGGUACAUUUCUCGGUGUAUGUGUGUUACAUAAAGACCAUGGGACGAUAUUUGGCGAUCUCGAUAUUUCUCUCCAUGAUUCUGAUGCAAAGCUCGAAAAAUAUUACGGACUUGUGGCUGUCGUACUGGGUGACGCACGUUAAUGCUACAAUGAAUAAUUCAACUGAGACGUCCAAAUUUGGAAGAUUACAACUUUAUUACGACAAUUACGGCUUCCAUGACACAAAAUAUUACUUGACAGUAUAUAGCUUGCUGGCUGUGUUUAAUUCUAUUUUCACUUUAAUUAGAGCUUUCAUCUUUGCGUAUGGCGGAAUACAGGCAGCCGUAACAAUGCACAAACAACUUUUGAAGAUAGUUAUGCGGGCAAAAACAAUAUUUUUUGAUAUUCAACCAGUAGGUAGGAUUAUAAAUAGAUUUUCAUCCGAUACAUAUACAAUUGACGAUUCUUUACCUUUUAUUACUAACAUCUUGCUGGCACAUCUAUUUGGUUUGGUUGCUACCAUUAUAGUUACAGCUUAUGGACUACCAUGGAUCUUUCUUGUAUUAGCGCCUCUUAUACCCAUCUAUCAUUGGAUACAAAAUCAUUACAGAUUAACAUCGAGAGAAGUGAAACGAUUAUCCAGUACUACGUUGUCUCCUUUGUAUGCCCAUUUUAAUGAAACUUUAAGUGGCCUGACGAGUAUCAGAGCCUUUCGUAGUGUACCUCGCUUUAAACAGGAAAACGAAUUAUUAUUAGAAGCCAAUCAGAAAACGCAAUUCGCCUCUAUAGCCGCCGGUCAGUGGCUUGCCCUAAGAUUACAGUUUAUCGGUGUCGCCCUUUUAGCCGGAGUCAGCAUUAUGGCAGUUUUACAACAUCAAUAUAAUAUAGCCGAUCCUGGUUUGAUCGGUUUAGCGAUUACGUAUGCUUUGUCUGUAACUGGAUUAUUAGCCGGGGUGGUGAACUCCUUUACUGAAACUGAAAGAGAGAUGAUUGCGGUAGAACGAGUCAAACAGUAUUUAGAUAGCGUGCCGAGUGAGAAUACAAUAGGCGCUAAUCCGCCUUACGCGUGGCCUAGUCAGGGUGUUGUAGAGUUCAGAGAAGUCGUUUUGAAGUAUAGAGAUCAUUUAAUACCAUCAUUGAAGGAAGUAACAUUUGUCACGCGACCAGCGGAAAAAAUAGGCGUUGUUGGUCGAACUGGUGCUGGAAAAAGUUCAUUAUUAGCCUCAUUAUUCAGGCUAACGGAAAUCAGUUCUGGAAGUAUAUUGAUUGAUAACGUGAAUAUUCAAACAUUGUCAUUGAAAGCGUUAAGAUCCCGACUAGCUAUUAUACCACAAAAUCCAUUUCUUUUCUCGGGUACCAUUCGAGAAAACGUAGAUCCGUUGGAUCAAUACACCGAUAUGCACAUAUACAAAGCCCUCGAGAAAUGCAAAGUGCACUCUUUAGUUUACCGAUUAGGUGGGUUGGGUGCAAUCUUGGACGAAGGUGGCAGUAAUCUCAGUGCCGGUCAAAGACAAUUGUUCUGCUUAGUUAGGGCUGUGCUACAUAACGCUAAGAUUGUCUGCAUUGACGAAGCCACUGCGAAUGUAGAUCAAGAGACGGACAAAUUUAUUCAAACGACGAUUAAGUCUGCCUUCCAAAGUGCGACAGUUAUUACUAUUGCUCAUAGAAUAAGAACGAUUAUGCACUGUGAUAGAGUUUUAGUGAUGGGAGAUGGUGAGGUGCUAGAAUUCGACGAGCCAAAUUUAUUAAUUCAGAAUGCUGAUUCUUACUUUUAUCAGCUGGCCAGCCAAGAAUUUUCGGAUCAAGAGUGAUUAUAUAAGCAUAUGAGGCAAUCUGAUUGUAUGUAAUGAGUGCAUUUAGUAUCAUACAUGGUGAUUAUAUACAAUCUAUUGUGUGCAUGAUAGAGAAUAUUUUUAUAAUGAAUUAUUUUCGUAUGGAUAUGACAGGAUUACAUUUUUUUAAAGAAUAAGCUAGGGAAAUGACGUCUGUGAAAACGAACGUUUUUAUUUAUAAGAUAUUUAAUACAUAUUAAUAUCAUGACUGUUAUUUUAAACAUUAGUUAAGAAAAUCCGAGGUUUUAUUAACAUUUAUAUAACAUAAGAUUAUUUCUCUAUAUUUUAUA